AUGGCUCGCCGGAUCGUGCGAGCGGGCUUACAGCUCAGUGUGCUCACUGCUUUCAUUCUCCUUGUGGUUCUGUUUCUCGACAAUCGGUUCAGCGUCCUUCCUACCUCCAUCCAUGGCCACCUUCCGAUGCACUACUCUGGCUUCGUAAUUACUGAUGUGACAAUUACCAAAUGCUCAGCGCUCAAUCCCUUCGCGAAUUGCAACCUUGACCCGGAUGCUUGGCACCGCAUUGAUAAAGACCUCUACUUACGCUCAGGCUGGACGUCGUCGGCCUAUGUCCAAUUCCAACGGAAGAAGGAGGAGGAUUUGGGCCCAGAUGACAAGGUUGUCAUUGAUCUGAAGAUUGGCCGUGUCACGCCCCCGGCCGAAGAUACAGGUAAAGGGGAUACGGAAGCGUGGGAGCCCCGUCCUGGAGGGAUCUGGCUGAAGCGGACCGCCUCCCGUCAUGCUAGCGACUCGGGCAAGGCAGUGACCUAUGUCGACGUUCUUUUCGGCGCGGAUGCCGUGGACCCUCGUCCGAAUUGGGAAAUCAAGGAUAUGCCUUUGUUGUUGGAUGGUUGGACCGAGAAGCUGGAGACUCGGUUGAGCAUCCGCCGUGGAAACCCGACUAAGAAGUCGAAGCCGGUUCCCAGAAUCAACGAGAAUGGAAAAUUCAAGGUCAUGCAACUAGCAGAUAUUCAUCUGAGUACGGGAACUGGUCACUGUCGAGACCCGAUCCCUGCCGAGUCGGUGCCUGGACAGAAGUGUGAAGCCGACCCACGGACCUUGGAGUUCAUUGAGCGACUUCUCGAUGAGGAGAAGCCGGAUAUGGUCAUCCUCUCGGGGGAUCAGGUUAACGGCGAGACCGCUCCUGAUGCCCAAAGUGCAGUUUUCAAGUCGGUGAAACUCCUCGUUGACCGCAAAAUUCCCUACGCAGCCAUUUUUGGCAACCAUGACGACGAAGGCGAUCUUAACCGCGAACAGCUCAUGGCUCUCUACGAAAAUCUCCCCUACUCUCUUUCAACCGCCGGCCCCGAAGACAUUGAUGGGGUUGGCAAUUAUAUUGUCGAAGUCCUCGACCGCGGCACUGGCACACACUCUGCCCUUACCUUCUAUCUUCUCGACACUCAUUCCUACUCCCCCGAUGAACGCCAGUUCCGGGGCUACGACUGGAUCAAGCCGAGUCAAACUCGCUGGUUCAAAAAUACCGCUCAAAGCCUGAGAGCAAAGCAUCAGGAAUAUACCCAUAUACAUAUGAACAUGGCAUUCAUUCACAUCCCAUUGCCCGAGUACCGGAGUUCGGGAAAAUACUUCCACGGCGCGUGGGACGAAGCUCCAACGGCGCCAGGAUUCAAUUCCGGCUUCAAGGCUGCCCUUGAAGAGGAGGGUGUUCUCUUUGUCAGCUGCGGACACGACCAUGUCAACGACUAUUGUAUGCUUGAGCAAGACGAGAGCGAGCAACCAUCUCUUUGGAUGUGCUAUGGCGGCGGUGCUGGUCUGGGAGGCUACGGAGGCUACAACGACUAUGUCCGUCGUGUCCGCUUCUACGACUUUGACAUGGGACCGGGCCGUGUAACGACCUACAAACGCCUCGAAUGGGGCCAAACCGAAGCCAGGAUCGAUGAGAUGAUGAUUGUCGACGGUGGUGCCGUUAAGGGCCCUUAA